GCCGAAUGAGAAGCAAGAAGGAAGUUAAAAAAUGAAUAGGAGAAGAAGAAGAGAGGACCAUAAAAACAACACGGGCUACUGGCAGUCUGUGUGCACAAACAAGGUUACACGCUUAUCUGAGAGAUACUAUCCUUCUGCAUGAUGAGAAGUGUUUAAAAGCCUGACUCAGCUGCUGAUAUGGUGGACCUUCGACAAACGCUCAGCAGCCCCCAGUCUCACAUUCGAGUGGGAGUCUGGGGAGAAUAUUGCAAUAGAUUAUGGCUUUAGGAGAUCAUCUUCCACAAAAAUCUAUUUUGACUGCUGGGAAAUAAGAGAUUGGAAGAUGGAGAGACUGGCAGCUGAGAGGGAGAUGGACCCCCUUACAGAUUCUGACGAAGAGCUGUCUGAUGGUGAUUCAAUGAACAAGUCUUGUCAGUGGGAGAGAAGAGAGAUGGAAGACAAUGAGUGCAAAACUAAUGCUCAGGACAUCCCAAAUCCAGCCACGCCACAUGACUCUGGAGUUGGGGAUCUCGAGUGCUGUGGAGCUACGGAAGGCAAAAAUGACACUGAGGAGGUUUCAGAUGGAAUGGAACACGAAAGCACUGAUGGUCAUGAGAGCUCCCGGGUGAUAAAUCAAGAGGAGGAUGAAUCUGCAAAGGAGCAGCACAUGAAUGGCGAGUCGGGUUGGAGAAACUUUGGCGCAGGAAGGAAAUGCAAACUGAGGAGCAGCGGAUCAAUUUCAGAGCAGAGCAACCAAAGUGCUUUCACACCGCCCUCCUUUCAAAAAGGCAACUUUGUGCCCAGCGCCGGCAGGCACAAGCAGGCCCGCAGACGCAACCACCACCAUCAGCUGAACCGCGGACGCAGGCGCACAGGCAAACAGCUCAUCUUUGCUUUUAAGGAGAUCCUGUCAGAGUCUGUCAGCGUGUGGUGCAUCUCCUGUGUCCACAUGAUGAUUGAGAUUAUCGUUACAUUAACUCAUAAUUGUGGCGUGGGUGUGGAGACCAGUGGGUUGACGCUUUACAGCUUGGGGCAGCGGCUCUUUGUAAAGAUCACGGACAUACCGGGAAUGAAGGCAGAUGCCAGUCGGAUUUUAAAAUGGACAAAAUGCACAGUCACGCACGUGAUGGAUAAAGCUAUUAGGUUACUGAAGUGGACUAAACAAGCGGCCUUAUCUACACUCAGACUUUUUUGUGCUUUGGUCAUGCUCGGGGCCCAGUGGGUUAAAUGUAUCUUGGUCCGGAUUGGUGGAGAAACGGGGAAACGAUAUUGGACAGCUUUUCAGGAGUCACGUUUUUGGAAGAGGGUGCUGCUCUUGGUGGAGAGAGUCCGAAACUUCUUCAGGAGAGAUGGACACGCAGAAGCACCCAGCUUUGAGUCACCGGGGAGAACAGGGAGAGGCCCACCAGGUCAGGAGCUGGAAAGACUGCUUGCUCUGGCGGAGGUCCCAGAGGAGGAGCUUGAUCCCUUUACAGUGCUCGGUGUGGAGGUCCACGCCAGUGAGGCCGAGCUGAAAAAGGCCUACAGACAGCUGGCUGUCCAGGUCCAUCCAGACAAGAAUAAACACCCACGAGCUGGAGAGGCGUUCAAAGUACUGCGGGCUGCCUGGGAUAUUGUCAGUAACCCAGAGACAAGAAGAGAAUAUGAGUUGAAGCGCAUGGCAGCAACUGAGCUCUCCAAGUCCAUGAACGAGUUCCUCACCAAGCUGCAGGAUGAUCUGAAGGAAGCCAUGAACACCAUGAUGUGUACUAAGUGUGAAGGCAAGCACAAGCGCUUUGAGAUGGAUCGUGAAACCACCGAGGCCCGCUUCUGUGCUGAAUGUAGUCGUCGCCAUAGUGCUGAGGAGGGGGACCUGUGGGCGGAGUCUAGCAUGUUGGGCCUACGUAUUACAUACUUUGCCUGUAUGGAUGGCAAAGUAUAUGAUAUCACAGAGUGGGCGGGUUGCCAAAGGAUAGUCAUCUCUCCAGACACACACCGCGUGCCCUAUCACAUUUCCUUUGGGUCUAAGAACAACAGCAAUCCCACCAGACACAGGACACACUCUGAGCACGGCCCUGGUCCAGCCAACCCGGCAGAUUUGCAGGACUUCUUCAACCGCAUCUUCAAGGGUGGAGCCCCCAAUGACAUGCCUGCCAACGGGGCCUUCUUCCCCUCAGGUCCAUCUCACCACCCCCCACCUGGUGCUGGUGCACCCCCGUUCUCUCCUCCUCCAGGCCAAACAGGUUUUUUCAUGCCAGGUGCCCAUCAUCGGUCCGAGUCCGGUGAGCCCCCCUGGUCUGAGGGCGGAAAACCUCCCAGGAGGAAGAAGAAGGUCCGCAAACCCUUCCAGAGGUGAAAUCUGCUGACAUGGGACAUAUUCACUGAAAAACAACCCAGGGACACAUUAAGGAAAGGCCUGUGUGGGUCUACUUGCCUGUCGGCAUGCUGACAUCCCAGCUGGAGGUACUUGCUAAGGCUGUGGUCUCACCAGACCACACACAAAACCUGAAGAUGAGCUGUGGGCAUCAACACGUUGGAAGGUUGAAGGUGCCAGUCAUGGUGCUUUGCUUUGCUCAUUUCACUGACAUGUUCACAUUUUCACUGACUGUAGCCUUGCCAUUCUUCUGCAUCCUUUCCUGCCAAUUUGCGCCAUUUAUUCACCUGGUCUCUGCCACUUUAGUUGGAAAUUAAACUCGCUAGCGACAGCAACGCCAGGCGUGGCUUCACAUAAUCUAUCAGUGUUUCAGUGCUUCACUGCUUCAGUGUGACACUACUAUAUUUCAUGCAGGUACAUUUUUAAAACAUCAGUCAUGUCCCUUCUGUUCUUCCAAAGUCGACAAUUAAGAGAUUUUGAUGUCAAAUCUAGACUUAAAGUAGAAAUUUGUAAAAUAUUUCAAAUUUUUUUGGGACCAUCAUCCAGACUUGUGUUUAAACAGGAUGGAUUGAAAUCUAAUGUAAAACCAAAACAUUCAGAAGCGAGACCGUAGAUGAUGUUUUACAGGCCUCGUGAUUGGCCUACACUUCCCUCAGUUGUUCGCUCAUGGGAUUACACUGUCAAACUAAAAACAAGCCACAUUGACGAUUGCAACAAUCAGCAGUGUUGGUAGAAUUCUGCUUAUUCCGCAUAUUAACUUUAGAGGCGUGUUUCGUCUCAGUAAUUCAUUUUCUUCCCCACCACCUUGUUUUUUUAUAUAUAUUAGGCUGUACGCCAUGUGUCUUAUGCUUUAAUAAUUUGAUUUUACAAACAUCCAGUUCACGUCACCUGAGCUCAAAUGAAAAGUAGUAACAAAGGGUCAUUUUUCAAACAUUUCCAAAUGUCAAGGUGACUGAUUAAUUAAAGGAAAAAAAAUAGUGCUAGAGGGCAAUCAUUAUCAGUAACGCUGCAUCUGCUGUCACUCUAACAACAUGAAGGGUUCACUCUCUUUUUCUGCUGCUUGCAUUAAUAAUCACAGAUAACUUCAGGAAAACUAUGAACUGUUUACACCUCCCAUGUCAAGAUUGCCAGUCCAAGCGUGAUUCUAUAUGACAUUUGAUAACAGUUGUUUGUUUUUUUUUUCCCCCCGCCCCUGAGUCAUUUGAUAUGAGUGCAUUUUGUGUUUAGUUUGCACACCCACCUGAGCCUGUGACCUCAGACUGUGUUGGAGCAGGCCAAGCUGUUUGUGCGUAGCUGCUGCACAAAAGACAUAUGAAGUGUCGCUGCAUUGCGACGCCUCUGUGGGUUUUGAGUGUUUUUAUUUGUGGCAAAUAAGCGUGUUGAAGCAGGAUGCUGCCAUGUUUGUCUCUUUGUGUCAAAUGGUUCAUGCAUUUGUGGUGCUAGAUCAGAUGAGCCAUGCCAUAACCACAAAAUUUUAGGAUGCUUGAAAUCAGAUUGAUAUUCAUCAGUGGCACUGUAACAACUGAAAGAACAGUUAUCUUGAAUUAUAUUUUGCUCAUAAAGUAGCACAAUUUUAAGUUUAAGCUUUGAUUUUGUUUUCUAACGGCGUGCAAUCCUUGUCAGGCUUUGGUUAUCUAAUUUCUAUGAAGAUUGAGAAAUAGUAAAACUCAAGACUUGCACACGUUUCAAGUGUGUUACAAUUCUCUCAGAUGUUCUCGACUUGGAAAUGUAGAUUGCAGGAUGGCAUAGGUGCUGUUUAAAGUUCAAGAAGACAACACAACAGCCAAUAGUUGUUUGUUUUAAUGUUUGUUUUUUUUUAAACACAAUAUGCAGAAAUAUUGAAAUUAAAACAUUCAUUUGACAAUCAUCAGGGGGUUUUGUUCCCUGGCAGGCAGACAGUUUUAAAAUAUCACUGUUAGUUGCCCCUGCUUUCUCUGGUUUUCAAAGUAAAGAUAAUUUCUUCAAUGCAAUAUGUUUGCUCUGGUUUGUAUACGUCACCAUUUCACUCAGCUCUUCUAAAAAUGCAUAUAUCAACAACUUAAAGUGACAUUAGAAUGAAGAAUACAUAGGUUAUUGCAAACAGUAGGCUGCAUCGGCCCAAUAUUUCAUUUUACUGCUUCACAUACUUUAUCCAUUGUGACCCUUUUUUUCUUUUUGAAGGCAGGAGGCGAGUGCAUGUGAUUGGCUGUGCUCCUUACAUGGAGAUAUUUCAGAGAGGUGCAGAUGGCUGCACACCUCUCUAUCCACUUGACAUAUUUAUAGCCUCUUACAGGUCAGCUCAACAAUGAAAUAAUACUUUCCAUAGCUACAAGCUUGACUCUUGACUAGGCCACGUCGCCAUACCACACCAGUGUUUAUCAUACUAGAGUCUUACUGCUGUUUACAUGAUCCUGCUGAAGGUAUACAGUACAGGUAUGUUAAACAUAGAAAACCUCUGUCUGCAUAAUCUUACAAGCAUCAAAGCUCUUGUUUUCUGAUCUAACAACAAGACAAGUUUCAUGGCACUUGAUCCCCAAAGCUUCAUAUCAUCAUUUGGCCCAUACUUUGUUACAU